AGGGCACUCCCUUACUGUGGAAACCACGAGAGUCGCAGCAGUAAGAGGGGCAAGGAGCUGCUCAUCUUUGUUACGCUGAUGGAUGACAAGUAGUCAGGAGCCAUGGACGAAGACACCCUCUGCCCCGUGUGUGAAGAUGUCGCCUACGACUCGAUGCCCCUGUCGUGUGGGCACAGACCGUGCAAAAACUCUCUGACGCAACACUGGAAACAGAGGAAUGACCAAGUCUGCCCGCUAUGUUGGAAAAUGAUCUCCGGUGUGCCUCUUCCAAACGUGACCAUUAAGAAACGAUCCUUACCACGAGACAGAGUACCGGCAAACCAAAUCUGUGAUCAACACAGUUAUCCCCUCAGCUGGUACUGUCUGAAGGACGAGGAGCUGGUUUGUCGGACCUGUGAGCUAGGUAGCAAACACAACGGACAUGAGUUCUGUCCAGUGGAGCAAGCGGCACAGGAACGCAAGUCUAUCCUCAGAGCUUCUUUGAAGACCCUGGUGAGGAAGCUGAAAGGUCAUAAAAAAGCUUGUGUGGCCAUAAAUGAGAUGGCUCAGCAUGUUGAGAGCCAGGCCCAUUGGAUGGAGAGAGAAAUAAAAGACGAGUUUGAGAAACUCCAUCGGAUUCUGCGGGAGGAAGAGGAGGCCAGGAUCGCCGCGCUGAAGAAGGAAGAGAAGCAGAAGAGUGGGAUGCUGAAGGAGAGGAUUGAGAAGAUAACGAUGGAGAUGUCUGCUGUUCUAGACACAAUCAGCACCAUAGAGCAGGAGCUGGAAGCUGCAGACAUCUCCUUCCUGCAGAACUAUUUGAACACAAUUAAAAGGUAAGUGUGAGGGAGCAGGGGCGGGAGACCAAGAGUGACCUGGAAGGGAUCACAAAGUUACCAACGAUAAGUUGAAUAACCACUAAAAUAAGCAAGGACCCCUCACGAAUGUGGCGCCACUCAGAGAGGAAUAUAAAACAGAAAACGGGAGAGAGACUCCCUGGCGAACUGCCCACUGAAACAAAACCGUGAAAGUGCAAACUAGCACAAAAUCCCCGAAGAAGUGGGCGAGUUUUGUGUGAGAAAAUAACUGAAAAAGGGAACCAAACUCCCUGGCGAUUUGCCAACUGAAAAUCUGACCUGAACUCGAACGGUCAGGAAAAACAAAACGAGAUUUGACAGGCAGUCGCGAAAAGGGCUAAACCUUAGUGGCAAACUCUGCCUCUAAACAGAAGCAGACCUAAGCAACAAAAACAGGGAAUGUCCUUGGGAACCAACCAGUCAAUUAAUCAGAUUAAGUCCUUCUUCUCUACACCUCACCAGGUAAAACAUCCCUUUUUUUCUUUUCUUUUUUUCUCUAAAAUAUCACUCCCUGCUCUUCCAGAUUGCCACCUGCUCUAUUAUUCUUCUCUAUCCCCUACACAUUAUGCACAAAGUUAGUACUACAAAGCUGCAAAAACAAGUGGCCUGUUGCAUAGCAAAGUUAUUAUAUUCAGUCAUACAUCAAUUCCUUUAUUCAUUCUGGAUUCAAAUUUGAUUUUAGUAUUAAUUGAAAGGUGAAAAACAGUUUCAUAUGCAAUAUAAACAUUGGAAAAACUGUUUCUUGUUUUCUAGAUCCAUAAUGCCACAGUGGCAAGGAUCUACAGCACACCACUGGAACCUGAGCCAAUCACAAACGGUCUAAUCAAUGUGGCCAAACAUCUUGGAAAUCUCAACUACAGAAUCUGGGAGAAGAUGCUGGGGACUCUUCAGUACACUCCUGUGACUCUGGACCCCAACACUGCUGCUCCAUGUCUCACUCUGUCUGAGGGACUGACCAGUAUGAAGUUCUGUACGGACAACCCUCAGCUCCCCGACAACCCGGAGAGGUUCACCUUCGGAGCCGAGAUUUUGGGGUCCCAGUGCUUCCCCUUCGGGAGACACCAGUGGGACGUGGAGGUGGGGGACAACUCCGACUGGGCGGUGGGAGUGGCCAAACAGUCUAUCCUGAGGAAGGACCAAACCAUUCAGGGUCAAGAGGUGGAGAGAACGGUGGGCAUUUCAGCCCUGCAGUUUAGUAACGGACGCUAUGCUACCGACAUGGGGCCCGUCUCAGUGCAAAGUAAGCCACGGAUGGUGCAGGUAGACCUGGACUGGGACAGCGAAAACGUGACCUUUCAUGACUCACUCAGUAACCGCCACAUCGCUACCAUCAAAUCAAAAUUUACAGAGCCGGUGUUUCCAUAUUUCUACAGCUCGUGCAAGGAGCAGCCCCUGCAGGUCGCUCCAGAGAAGGUCAGCUUCAGUGUCGGGGCUCCGAAGAAAAAUACCUUCUUUCCUUUUCUUUCUCUUUUUCUUAUCUUUUUUCUGACCAUUUUUUGGCUGACCAGCAUACAAAAAAAUGCAUGAACUGCAGAAUGGCUGUUAAGGUGAAAUUCUUACGGAUCUUAUGGGGAUCGAACCACCAACCUUGCGGGACCCAGUCAUGUACCUUAACCACUACGCUACAGGCCGCAAUAGCAGCGGUUGCUGAUGGAAUGCUACACUGUCUGAUUUUCUGAACUAUUGUAUUGGUGCAGUAACUGGGCUUGUAUUUUUGUUGAUUUUUGGAAUGAUGCUCAUGCUUUCACAGUUUCAUCCUCAUAGGAAUGGAUAGAGGAAAAUUAUUACAUUACUGGCAUUUGGCAGACACUCUUAUCCAACGGCUGUGCGGAUUCUAUUGUGGCUACACUGGGAUUCGAACCACCAACCUCGCCUGUCCCAGUCAUUUACCUUCAGAUGUCUUGUUUAGAAACAGUAUACUUCACUGUUAUAUUAUUUUCCUGUUAAUGAAUUGGAUGACCAUGAAUGCAAUAAAAAAAUUGCUUAGGGCCUUUACUAAUUUCAGUGUCAAUCUUUCAAAUAGUAUG